AUGAAUUCUCAAGCUAGUAAUAAAGCAUCUAUGGUUCCCGAAGACAUCUGGGAUUGCCCAGACCAGAUCGAUGAAGAAGAAUGUGCUCCUCAAAUGCCUCACUUUACGAAGCAAUUUGAGAAUACUCUGAAGGAUAACAAAGGUAGUUCAAACAAAGCUGACUUUGAAAGAGUAUUAGAGAAUACGAAUACCUCUAAGAUUAUAUAUCUGAGACCUAGUGAUGAGCUAGUUCCUACAGGGUUUCAGAAACAGUCAGUGACCUGAAGGGUCAGAAAGACGUUAAGAGACUAUAAGUGUAAAACCUACAAUGUGAAGAAAUCUUCUAAAUGGAGAGGUAUUAACUUAGCUGAUAGUGAAAAGAAGUUGAGGCAAAUUCCUUCAGACCAGAUACUCAAAAUAUUGUUAAACUAAAUAACAAGCUAGUAUUUGAGAGUGCUAACUCUUUUUAAAAUAUUCCUUUUAUAAUUAA